AUGCUGCGCAAGUCAGGAACAGGUACCUGGAUGCCCGCCUGGGUUCCAGAGUCCACAGCUCUCGUCUCGCUUCUGCUUCUUCUCUGCUCCAUGGCCCAGACGGGCACAAAUGGCUGUGACGGCACCAUGCUCAACGGCUUCAACAUUCUUCCGUCGUACAGCAACUACUUCAAUCUUACCGACACCACCAAGGGUCUCAAUACCACGUCGAUAUUUAUCGGAGCCUUCUUCGGUAUGAUCUGGUCCGGAAUGAUAGCUGACCGCCUGGGUAGACGGCCUGCCAUUCUCUGGGGCUCCUUGCUUUCCCUUGUUGGCAUUGCUCUGCAGACCGCCGCGCAGAACAUCGCCAUGUUUGUCGUUGCGAGGAUCGUCCUUGGCUGGGGCGGUGCCAUUAGCGGCGUCGCUGGCGCAGUAUACUUGUCCGAGACGUUUCCAAGCCGCUGGAGAGCCUGGGGCGUCGGCUUGCUGAACAACUGCUAUUACGUGGGCGCCUUCUUCGCUGCGUUGGUGACCCUUGGAACUAGCCACUGGGAGUCGACCUGGGCGUGGCGCACGCCGUCUCUUUUCCAAGCUACCUUCUCCGUUAUCAGCAUCUUGCUUCUGCCGUUCAUUCCCGAGUCUCCCCGGUGGCUCAUUGGACAGGAUCGAUUGGAAGAGGCGCGUAUAUCUGUCGCCCAGACAAACUCCGAUGGAAAUAUUACGGAUGCGACGUCCACUGCAAUAUACAAGCAGAUCGUCGACACACUCGAAUGGGAAAAGAAGCAAGGUCGGACCAUGAGGCUCAAGGAAAUAUUUAAGACCCCAACUUCUCGCAAGCGAGCUCUCAUCGGGGGUUCUGUGGCUCCUUUCUCGUGCAUUGCCGGCAAUGUCAUUGCAUCGUACUAUCUGGGAGCCGAACUUGCGACUGCAGGCAUCACCGACUCGAAUUCCCAGCUCAAGGCGAACGUCGUAAUGAACGUGUGGUGUCUCGCUUGCUCUCUCGUCGGUACUAAGCUCACUGCCUCCUGGGGCCGAAAGCCGACAGCACUGCUUUCUCAGGGACUUCUCAUCGUAUGUCUGUUUAUCAUUGGCGGCUUGUCCAAAAUGAACGCCGACAACCCUUCUAGUGCAUCUCAUGCCCUGGUCUAUGGCAAUGUGGCCGCUAUGUUCUUGUUCCAAGGAUUCUAUUCGAUUGCAUGGACACCACUGCUCUAUCUUUAUCCUCCCGAGAUCAUGAACUAUUCAAUAAGAGCGAACGGUCUCGCUUUGUCAAGCCUUAUAUUCAAUGCUCUUGCCACGCUUCUAAUAUUUAUCAUGCCAAUCGGUAUUGGAAAUAUUGGGUGGAAAAUGUAUAUGAUCAACGGGGGUUGGGACAUGAUCACCUUCGUCGUCAUUGCUGUGUUCUGGGUCGAGACCAAGGGCAAGAGUUUGGAAGAAAUUGAUGCCAUCUUUGGAGAGAAACGCCCUGUUGUUGUUAGUCAUGUUGAGGAAUUGCUCAUGGGUCCCGUCGGUCAGGUAGACCAACAGCUCGUAGCUAAGAUGGAAUAUUGUAACCCUCCAAACAAUGAUGUGAAGCGGAGGAACACCAGCCGAAGCCAGAACAUGACUUCUCCUGACAAGGCUCAAUAUUAUUUUAAUACACGGCCGAAUGAUAGCCUCCGUGAAUCGUUAGCGGAUGUGGACGGUACCUUAAAGCGAGCGGAGAUAAACUUCAUGAUAGCUUCGAGGAAAAUUGUGAUUCUGGCCAAGACUGAUGCGUGGCACGGCAGCUGGCUUGAAUUGAGAGAGCCUGGAAUUUGGCUAUUCUAUAAGACAAAUGUUAGUAGUAUGACUAUUAAUUUGUACAUCGAGGCUUUCUACUAUAUCUUAAAAGCCCAAAUAAAGCAAUCAUAUUUAGGAUACAGCAUCAUGAAAGACCGGGUUAAUGGAACAUAUAACAAUCAGAGGGUAUGCGUGAGGUAUCAAGUCCACGAGUAUCUGCAAAUUCCCUGCACUCAGCACACAUCACCAACAACAACACCUCCAGAUGAACCCAUAGAAUACACUGUGCUUGAAUCAAUCACUCUCAUCGCCCAAGAGACAGCACAUUCCGUUGAGCUUGUAUCACAAUCAGCGAAGAUCGGGUCAUUUGGGAAGAGGCCUGAAUUGAAUGGCAAAGGUAGUUGGCCAAAGAUGGAAAAAUAUCUCAAGGGACUUUUACUCGAGGAAUGCCGUGUCCAGGCAGGGCCUAAGACAUCGCCUAUUAUCGCCCAUCGGUCAGUAAAUCGGACCAAGGGCUUUAGCACGGGACGAGACAUUUUUGACGUCCCAUCGUUCCACGAGACGGAGCAUAGCAUCAACAGCCAUGGCCCGAUACAAGCGAAGACACCAGGAUCCAUAUACGAGGUGGAGAUAACAUAUUUUACGGCUAUCGCCGAAGCGGCGUACUCGCAUAUUGGUAUGCAUCAGACGUAUAUUUUGCCUGUAUUUCUAGGAUGCCACCAACUUAUGCGCAACUGGAUGCUGCUCUACGUAAGGAACUCGAGGAUUUUACGGGUUUGGGUAUGGGCGAAGUUCGCUGACGACUUCCAACACAGCUCCGGCUAUUGCGGCGCCGAUGUGUGUGUAAGCACUUGUGACUCUACAGCCACGGCUCAAUGUGACGCCGAUAAUCACUGCCCAGAAGGGUGUUGUUCGAAAUUCGGUGUCUGUGGCUAUGGUCCGGACUGUACGGAUUUUGCGGUACAACAACCGAUUUCUGUGGUGAAGCAUCCAUUGGCCCACAACUCGAGUCUCAUAGGUGCUGACCAUUGGCUAGGCGAUAAGACUGUGAAAAGACCGUCUUGCAGCAAAAGUGGUACACUGUCUCGUGUUGUAGGCUAUUAUGAGGGAUGGUCUCCUCAGCGACCCUGUAAUGCCAUUUACCCAGAGCAGAUCCCCUUGGGGAUAUACACCCAUCUCAACUAUGCAUUUGCUUCAAUUGACCCCAACACUUUCAACGUGGUCCCUACAUACAGCACUGAUCCGGGUCUUUACACGCGAUUGACGGCACUCAAAGCCCAGGAUCCAGAUCUCAAGGUGAAUAUAGCUAUUGGCGGAUGGAGCUUUAAUGAUCCUGGCCCGUCAGCCACGACUUUUUCUGAUUUGGUUGCAUCGGAAGAUAAUCAACGUGCAUUUUUUUUUCGGUCGCUAAUCUCAUUUAUGUCAACAUAUGAUUUUGAUGGCGUUGAUAUUGACUGGGAAUAUCCUGGGGCCACUGACCGCAGUGGACGUCCAGAAGACUUUGCAAAUUACCCCAAGUUCAUUGCAAAUCUCAAGCAGGCGCUGAGCGGUACUGGUGGCAGAGAUGGUUUGAGCGUGACACUCCCAGCUUCUUACUGGUAUUUGCAGAACUUUGACGUUGAAUCACUUUCUAAAAAAGUUGAUUAUUUCAACGUUAUGACCUACGACCUUCAUGGGUUGUGGGAUAAAUCGAACCAUUGGACUGGCCCCUACCUGGAUAGUCAUACAAACAUGACAGAGAUUACGCUUGACUUUGAUCUUCUCUGGCGGAAUAACGUGCCUCCUCAGAAAGUAGUUAUGGGAUUGGCAUUCUAUGGGCGAGGAUUCACCGUUUCCAGUACCAGCUGCACGGAGCCCGGCUGUACAUUCUCUUCGGGGUCUCUUCCAGGAAAUUGCAGUCAAACGUCGAGUAUGCUCAUGAACAGUGAAAUCAAGAAUAUAAUGGCUCUGCGAGGGAUCGAAUCAAGUCUUGAUCAAGAUGCGGAGGUUGAGAUACUCACUUGGGACGACCAAUGGACCACAUACGACGAUGCAUCAUCAUUCAAGCUGAAGACCGAUUUUGCUAGAUCCGAAUGUCUCAGUGGUGUGAUGGUCUGGGCCGUUAGUCAUGACGAUUCCAGCGGAACAUUCUCACAGUCGCUUUCAAAUACUACAAUUCGACCAUUUACUUCACUGGCAGGGUACCGCAGCGACGGUGGCCCGUCAGCAAAUAUCACUGUUUACGAGCAACAUCCCCAAUUGCGAUGCCAACUUGUGGGUGGUACACGCACAACAAUGGGAAGUGCGAUCCAGCCUGCCCUGAUAACAACAGUUGAAAUAGGGUCGAACUCUAUGUACUGCAACAAAAAUUACCAAGCAGCUUGCUGUACUACUGCAGAAGACAGUAUGAAGGUGUAUUCAACGAUACAGUGGUCGGAGUGGCCUGACUGCGAUAAAGGCAGCUGUCCUUGGUCCGAUACAACUGAUUUUUCACUAUUGGCAAACUCUACCACUGGCAGUGGUGGUGCCACGUGCAACCUCAUCGGCGCUGAGGACCCCUCAUAUAUUCUUUACGGAUAUGGGAAUGGGGACUAUCCCUACUCAGAGAGGAAGCUUUGUGCUGAUACAAGCAGUUCAGAGCUGUCUUUUAAACAAUGCGCUUGGCAUUCAGACUUGGGAGAAACACGUUCAGGAAGCAGUUCAUUCUGUAGGUCCAGCUGCCCUACUGGUCAAGUUCGAGCAGCCCUUGAUCAAUAUGAUUCUUCUUGUCAGGGAAAGGGUGGUGCGCGUUCUUUCUGCUGUGAAGCCAUAUAUGCAACCCUAACAACGACAGAGACUCUCAGCCCCGCGCUACAGAAAUGGAAGGAUCAGUUGACUGAUUUCUUACAAACAGCUACUUGUCCAGCUCCUGAUGUAUUAAACUCAACGGACGAGGAGAGAGGGCUUCUUCGUCGAGGAGUGUCUGGAUUUGCCACGACCUAUGAUGGCGGUAUAAGUAGCCUUAAUCAGGUGGACUAUCUAUCUAUGACUCUGGCUCGCCUUCUAAAGACGACUCUCUUUACUCAAUUGGUAACGCAAAUGAUCACUACCUGGAACAAUCUAGUCACAGUGACAUUUCCGAAUCUGGUUUUCUCGACUCUACGGCCCUUUAUGCAAAGUUUUACACCUUUUGUUGAGGACGGUGCCCAGUCCGUCGCCUUUGAUCUCCUUUGCCGCAUGCCAUUCUAUGAAGAACUAGUUGAGGAAGACGAAGACGAAGACGAAAAUCCUUACUGUCAAGGCUCCAUUUGUGAUGCUGCCUAUGAGCCACAACUUUGUCAAGAAGAAGACAAUGAUGACUCGUCCUCAUCCACUCAAAAGCGCUCUAGCAGGACCGAGGAUAUCCAAGGCCAGGACGUUCAGUCACGUUCCUCACACUCUCUGGACCGACGUGCUGGAUCGAGUGAUAAGGUUUAUGAUGUGUGGUGCCAAUCGAGAAACCAAUGGGUCUAUGGGCUCCAAAUCAAGUCGUGGCCCUAUCCAUCCAGGGGUUAUUGGAAACCAGCAAACCCUCAAUACCAGAAUGCAAAAGAUCUCCAAUUCCCCAAUGACUGUACUGAGGCGGGCAUCACUACACUUGCCAAGAAUAGUGACAAUUUUGAUACGGAGCACGUCCUAGAGCUUCAAGUCAUACCGCAAUUCUUCACGUCUAUCACCGCUAGCAACCUAAUGUCUGGCUCCCCCAUUCAUUAUACUCCGGUUCCCUGUGAAUUUUUCGCAACUGCUGGACAGACACCAGGUGGCCUUUCUGCAAUAGACUUGCCUUUCCUAGCAAACGUGGCAGCAUUUCCGACAAGUCAGUCACCGGACCCAACACCUGCGGAGCGAAUCAUGUACGCCUUAGGAGCUACAAGAAAUGCGGCGGACUUUUACCUUCUGCGGACGCUCAAGGGAAUUCGAGAUGUUAUUGCGGUAUGGGCGUACUUGAAUGACCCUCCGGUGACUCAGUCAGUGGUUAAUGUCGCAAACAACGUGCGGGCUCAGCUCGCAAUUACAGAACAGCGUUGGCCGACCCAACCAUCUGGUUUUCCGAUUGAUUUAGUAAAUGCUUGGGAUGAAUGGUUUCCAGACAUGUUAAUAUAUCAAGCAGAGCGGUGCAAUCUUUGGAUCGAGGACCAAAUCGCAUCAAUGGCAAAUAGUUGGCAGGGGCAAACUGGCAAUACAAAGGCCUUUGUUGACGGCGCUCUCUAUUCUCUAGAAGUGCAGAGACAGCGUUAUGUCUCUGCCUUUGCGAUUACCCUGAGCCUCUAG